GUCCAGCAUUCUUUCUCAAUGUGUGUGUGGGUUUGGCCGCAGCCCACUCGGUGCUCUUUGACUCCGCUGGCCUUAUAAGGCAUCCAGAGCCAUGGCAACUGCAGGGCUUGAAUAGCAGUGUCAAAUCCCUCAGCACACAGACACACGCUCACUCUCCCUAAAGGAGGGAGCGAAGCGGAGGAAGAGGAGGCUAUCUCUGCCGUGGCUCGAACAGAAAAGGAGCGCUCUGUGUUUUCGCUAAUUUAUUCCUGCCAAAGCCGGCUGGAAAAACCGGGGAAAAGGGCGAUCAGAGAGGAGCGAGGAGCGCAGCAGUAAAACCCUGAGUCUGUGACAGCUGAAGCGGGGACGUUCUGGCCUCUGGAUGUUACUGCAGGAUGGACAAGCUCUGAGAAAACAAGACAACAGAGACAUGACUUUGGGAAAGGGGAGCAGACUGUGACGGAGGAGAUUUCUCAACUCAGCCUUUGUUUUGGCUUGUUUUUUUCUCUGACAUUUGAUCCUCUGACCCCAUUGGCUUUGAAGGAGCAGAAGAAAACAGAGUUUCGUCACAGAGGGCAGAGCAGGAGGACGUCUUUGGUGAACUUUGCUACUCCAGAAACCAGCUGAGUCAGAAGAAUUAGAUAGUUUCCAAAAACAGAAAAGCAAAGGAAUAUAACACUUUUAUUUCUUUUAGCCAUCUGUGUGCAUUUCUGAAAAAGCCUCAACAAGUUAAGCGUGCGUCUGGACUGGAAGAGCACAGAUCAGAAGAUAGCACCUCAGCACGGCAGGAACUGGUUGGACGAGUUUAUAAGUCAGAGGAAAGGGCAGGGCAGUUUAACCCUGCCUGAAGGAGAACUGACUGGGUAUUAUUUUUCUAUCACCUGCUGGACGCCUUGAGGGAAAGUGCUCUCCUGAAAGAGAAGAGAGGAGGCAGAUUGUUUCCAAUAUCUGCGACUCUUUUCAUCAUGCUCAAUCAUAGGUGAGGUCCUUUCACAGCCGGGGUCGGAGAAAGCGGGUGAGAGGGAAAGGAGAAAGAGUCAAAGAGUAAUUUAUUGUUUCCUGUGAAAAGAGCAGGGCUGCACCCUUUACUCCUGCCUGAACUCUGAACCACUUAAUGCGCGUCUGAAGUUUCUCUCCGAGCUCAAGAGCCAUUGAUCAGAGGUCAGGGCUGAACAAGAGGCGAGAGAGGGAGCGAGCAGAGGGAUUAAAGAAGGGAGAGGAAAAAUAUCGCAGAGGAAGGACCUCCGGGUCAGGACUGCCAGACGGCGAAGGGGAUAAAGGUCAACGCAGGCGAAUCGGGACAACUUCGCCUCCUGUUUUCAGAUCUUCCAGGACGAAGUUGCUCAAAUCCGAACCAGGCGUCCCAACCUCGGAGUCUGAAACCAGUUCUUUAAACUUUGAAAGGGGGGCAACGUGAAACCCGGCUGAGACUGCGAAGGGUCCGUGUAUGAUCCUCUUACGGGGCGGCGCGUCUUUGAGAAUAUGGCCAUGGUGAGCGGGGGAUGGGGCAACCCCAACGGGGACACCAACGGGCUGGGAGACAAGGCGUACCUGAGGAGGGAGGAGGACAACGACUCGCCGCAGGCCGGCAGCAGUGACGUGGACGUGGGCGACGAGGACAAGACCUGCGUGGUGGACUGCGUGGUAUGCGGGGACAAGUCCAGCGGGAAGCACUACGGCGUGUUCACCUGCGAGGGCUGCAAGAGCUUCUUCAAGAGGAGCAUCAGGAGGAACCUGAACUAUUCCUGCAGAUCAAACAGAGAAUGCCAAAUUGACCAGCAUCACCGUAACCAGUGCCAAUACUGCCGUCUGAAGAAGUGUUUCCGCGUCGGGAUGCGCAAAGAAGCUGUCCAGCGGGGUCGAAUCCCUCCGUCUCACUCAGGUAUCAGUCCGAACUCCCUGUCUGGAGGACCUGGGGGUCCGGGCCCGGGUCACAUCGGGGCGGACUACUUCAACGGCCAGCCGGUGUCGGAGCUCAUCUCCCAGCUGCUUCGGGCCGAGCCGUACAGCAACAGCCGCUACAGCACCCCCUACACUCAGACGCAGAUACCUGCGUCGGCAAGCGGCGCGUCCGUCAUGGGCAUCGACAGCAUUUGUGAGCUGGCCGCCCGCCUCCUCUUCAGCACCAUCGAGUGGGCCAGAAACAUCCCGUACUUUCCAGAACUCCCCGUCUCAGAGCAGGUGGCGCUGCUGAGGCUGAGCUGGAGCGAGCUGUUCAUCCUGAACGCGGCGCAGUCCGCCCUGCCGCUGCACAUGGCGCCCCUGCUGGCUGCCGCCGGCUUCCACUCGUCCCCCAUGUCCGCUGAGCGCGUGGUGUCCUUCAUGGACCAGGUCCGGGUGUUCCAGGACCAGGUGGACAAGCUGAACCGGCUGCAGGUGGACUCCGCCGAGUACAGCUGCCUCAAAGCCAUCGCCCUCUUCUCUCCCGACGCGUGUGGCCUGUCCGACCCGGCCCAUGUGGAGUCGCUGCAGGAGAAGGCGCAGGUCGCCCUGACCGAGUACGAGCGACUGACGUACCCCAGCCAGCCGCAGCGCUUCGGACGCUUGCUGCUGCGCCUGCCGGCUCUGCGCGCCGUGCCGGCGAACCUCAUCUCUCAGCUCUUCUUCAUGAGGCUGGUGGGCAAGACGCCCAUCGAGACGCUGAUCCGAGACAUGCAGCUGUCGGGGAGCUCCAUCAGCUGGCCGUACGCGGCGGGACAGUGAACGACCCGCCAGGUCGGAGAGAGACGGGCUGAGGUCAGACUGUCGGGAGGCGUCGCCAUGGAGGCGAGCUAGGGCUGGGCGGCGGGGCUGAAAAAUUAAAUCUACCAUUUUUUUCGUACCAGAUCCGAUUUCCGAUUUUAAUUGAUUUUUUUCUUUAAACAAAAAAAAAAAGAAGAAGAAAUUUUCAAAGAGCAGCUUUUGUUUCAGUCAUUCAUUCUGUUGGUUGUACGGCAGAACAUUUGUGCCAGUUUAUUUACAGGAACACAGUCAUAAUAUCAGCAGAAUAAAGACACAACUUUACCAGAAAAACUUAUGAGAAAAAAAGUCAUUUUAAUAAGAAAGCUUGGAUAUUUUCUUGUGUUGUAGUUCUGAUAAAACUUCAUCCUCCUAAUAUUCAGAUUUUAUUCUCGUACUGAAAACAGAAAAACAUCUUAGCCUGACCCAUAUUGCCAUAAAGUUUACCUGAAUUCAUAGCCCAAACAAACAGAAGCUGUAAAACAAGAUGGCGGCUCUUGGUGAUAUUACAUCACUCUGAACCAUUUAUGUCAAACUCGAGGUGCGGGGGCCAAAUCCCGCCCACCAGAAGUAUUUUUGUGGCUCUUUAGACUCUUAAAUAUAAUUUUAUCAGUCAAACAAAAGUCAUUUUUAUCUGUAUGCUGCCAAAUUACAUGUUCAGUAUUAUUUAAUUUCAACUUCCAGCUUUUUAUUAAUAGUUUUACAGUUUGUUAAUGGGUUUUAUUAAUGCAUUCUGCCAGAACCGGCUCUUUGAGAACGUUAGUAAUUUUGAUACGGCCCAAAAUGAAAAUGAGUUGAACCAAAGGACUGAAAUGGUGAAAGAAAAAAGGUUUUCCAAAUAUUAAAUGUUUAUAAAUUGCUUCAUCGCCCAGCCCUACUCUGGUUUUCAGGUCCUGAUUUUGUCGUUACGGCAGUGAGGAAACGGCGGCGCGGUCCUGCAGCGCUGUCAGUGGCGUUCCCUCCUCUGGCUUCGUCUCCCUCUGAGCGAACAGGGAGGCCAUGUGGGCCGCCACAUGGCCUCUCUCACAUGAGGCCAUGUGCCUCCUCUACCUCCUCCCACAUGACCCCCAAUGUGACUCCAGCUGAACCCGGCGCUGUGUGCUCUCCUGUCUCUGUUGUCCAGUCUAAAUUAAGCCAUAGCAGCCAGAUCAAGGCUGGGACGUUUUGUAGGGAUCACAAACCCAGGAGAUGUAAAUACGAGUCAGUGCUGUGGAGAAACUAUUCACCCCCUUACAGACUGUUUUGGUUUUGAAAAGCUCAAUUGUUCACUGCAAAAAAACAAGAUAUAACCAGAUAUCUUUGGUCUAGUUUCUAGUGCAAAUCCUUAGCGCAAUUGGAAUAAGACAAAAGUGACUUUUCUGCUUGGUUUUAGUGAGUAUUAAUUAAUAAAAAGUACAAGUUCCCCUGACAGAUCAUUUCAUCUAUUAAUAUUGUUCCCGUGUUGUAAGUAAAACAAUCCAGUGAAAUAUGAAUCCUUUGUAUUCAUAUUCAGGAACUAUUGACAAGCUGAAAAGUUUCUUUUAACUCUUCUAGACCGAACGGUCCGGUGACGAUCCAGCCAAAUUUACAGUACCGUAAUUCACUUUGCACUAUCUGAAAGGGGAGACGUUUCACUUUCCAGCCAAUAUCGGGUUAUUACGGUAAUUUCACUCCAGGACAGAGUGAAAUUAAUCUGAGUGGCAAUCUUUCAAUAGAUGGUAAAUUUCCAAAAAUAACUUGCUAGAUACUGAAAGUUCCAGUUCUGGACAAAUGGGCAAAUAUAUUUACUCACAGGUCAAUUAAAGAACAAUUAAAAGAAUAAGUUUUGUCUUAUUUCAAGUGCACCAAGUAUUUGCAAUAGAAACUGCAGUACUUGGUAAGGUUUUGUGUUUUUGCAGUGUUUGCUUUCUCUAAACCUACAAAGAUGUAGAACAAUUAGAGCUGCUCUUAACUGAGAAACAUGAUGUCUGCAGCGGCUUAGAUGUUGCUUUGUGACGUCCUGGAAGAGUUUUUGAAGUGCUUCUCUUUGGCCUGUCAUUGCUAGGAAGGUUCACCAUGGUUCCAUGUUUUAUUCAUUUGUGGUCAGUGUCUCACAUUCUGGGUUUCUGGGGUUCAGAAGCCUCAGAAACGGCUCCAUAACUCUUUCCACACUGACAGAUGCCAGGCUUUGUUCUCAUAGGUCAUUUCAUUAGAUUGGGGCAUGAUGUGCAGCUUUUACACGUCUUUAUGUUGCCAGACAUGUUCUGUUUCACUCAUUUCUUGACUCUUUGGGUCUGAGCUCGGCUUUCUAGUUAAAUCAUGAUUCAACAAGUUUGCCCAGGCUGCUAUGGAGAGGUACGCUUCUGAAAUUAAAAUUAGCUUCUUGUGAAAAUGAAGAGGAAAACAACAUCUGUAAGGAGGGGAUUUUGUUCACAGCACUGUACAUAAACAGAAAGUGUUAGCUCUACUUUUUUUUUAUUUGCAAAUACCUUAGUUUUUUUUUUUUUUUUUUCUUGUUAAGACGGGGACCUGUCGUGUUUCUCCGCAAUGAUGCAAAUGUAUUAAACGUUAAAACACAGCCUGGUUGUUCAGACAGUCACGUCCCUGUGGAUAUUUUUAUUACCUCAUGUUUUCUUCACCACAGACAUGGAUUGUAUGGUGAACUUACUGAUGUGUUCAUGAUAAAGGGAUCAACCGCGGCAUCGGAUUUCGCCUGAAGCAUCUUUGAGGAUUCUUUAAGCCUCACCUGGGAUGAAACAAGAUGGCCGACUCAAGUGAAUCUUUUAUGACGACUUUUUGCUCCCUGGAUGCUGUUUCCUUUUCCUUUGCUUUUAUAAGUGUUGAUUUAUUUCUUCCCCACUUUACUCCCCCUUUAAGAGAUGAGUCGUCUCCAGAUAAUUAUGAUGAUGAUGAUGAUUAUGAUGAACGGUACGUUGAUGUUUAGACGUGACUUUAGGAUCCAGGUACUUCGUAGUUCAUAAAGGCUGUGAACUACAGAAACUCUUUAUUUUUGCCAAACUAAUAAUUGAUUAAACAUGUUUUGGUGUGACUUAUUUUUCCUGCUAUAAGAUUUUUAAAAAGGCAGUAAGAGCCGUGAUCCCUGGUGCAUCAGUUUGUGUUUAUUUGUUAGUAUUUUGACUUUAGUGAUUUAACCGUGGCAGUAGAUUUACAUGUAAACGAAUCAUGUUUCAUGCCAAAACUAAAAACUGCUAAAGAAGUU